AGCGAUUGACGUCUUUUGCUGCUGCUUCGGUGGUUUUCGCGAAUGCACAGCUGCUGUGCACAGCUGUAGUGUCCGUGGCCCUCGCAGCUGGCGUAAACCGGCGAUGAUGGUCGUUGAGUGAGCCGGUUAAACGGUAGCUCCCGGUAGUUAGAGUCCUUUCGAAGCCGUAAAUUAUGUGGGUCUUCGGGUAUGGCUCGCUUAUGUGGAAAGCGGAUUUCCCAUACAACCGUAAGCUUGUCGGUUAUGUCAAGGACGUGCGGCGAUUUUGGCAGGCCAGCGAGGACCACCGUGGAGUCCCCGGCAAACCGGGACGUGUGGUGACCUUGGUACCGUCGUCGGACCCGAAUGAUUGUGUUUGGGGCGUCGCUUACGAAAUACCCGAGGCAGAAAAAGAUGAAGUCAUAGGCCGCCUUGACUUCCGCGAGAAGGACGGCUACGACAGGGUGCAGGUGUUGUUCUACCCCAGCAAAUCCGACGAGAAGCCCUUCUCGCUGACCAUCUACGUAGCGCAGAAGGAGAACCCCUUCUACCUGGGACCCGCCAACGCACUGGACAUUGCCCGGCAGAUCCACAGCGCCGAGGGGCCAAGCGGCUCCAACCGCGAGUACCUCCUUUCACUCAUCGAGUGCAUGCGAAACAUCGCGCCGCACAUCCGCGACCAGCACCUGUUGGAAAUCGAGGGAAACCUACUCAACCUCGAGACGGCAGCGGUGGAAAAAAAAAAGCCGCAGCCACACCCUCACCAGCCAGCCGGCCACGAAGAGAGCCAAAGAGCACAGCAUGAAGACAACCGGCACGCGGAAGUUGCCUGACGCCCUGUUUUAAGUGAAAGGGAGGAGGUGCCCAUUGAAAAAUGCUAACUCUUUUAUCAAAAGUGUUAACUUUAUCUUAAACAAGGGCUUCGGUCAGAAGAGACUUAGAGUUGGUGCUAAACUUUGGCAGCUCUCUCGUGAUGUUCUGUUGGACAAGCAUUUGUCUGUAAAAGGCUGGAGUACUUACAUUCGAGAAGAGUAAAAUGUGCCACGAGGUUCAAGAAAAUUGCUGAGAGACUGGCACAAAACCACUCGGUUCAUUGUUCUGAUGAAAAUCUGUGCUACUGCUUUGAUGUGCACGCUCUGUGGGUUGUGUGGCUAUAACGAUGGCCGUUAAAAGUAAUUUUUCUUUGAAAUAUUAACUGUUACACUGGGUCGGUUUCGGCUCGUGAAGCAAUUAGCAUAGUGUCAGCCAACAUUGGUUGGAUUGAAUUUCCGCUCGUGAAGCAAUUAGCAUAGUGUCAGCCCACAUUGGUUGGAUUGAAAUUCAAAAUCCUUUUGCACACACAUUCAUCGGCGGAUGUGGUAGCAUCUGCUUACAAAGCUGACUUUGUACAUAUUUUGGUAUUCAGGAAGGGCACACUAAGAAUUUUAGAGAAAAUUUCUGCAUGAAUGCCACAAGAAUUAGACUGCUCACUGUAUUGGUGAACCUCUAUGCAUCUGUACAUAAUACUGGCUCUAGCUCGGCUUUCGCUAGUGAAGUGAUUAGCAUAGAAAUGGCAUGUGUCUUUCAGAUUAAAGUUCAGCAUCCAUCCUUUCGUACAUCGAUCCUUUCGUACAUCGAUCCUAUCAGUGUAUGCAACAGAAUUUGGUGAAAAUCUGUGCAACUACUUAAAAUUGACACAGGCUUGGUUUCCACUAGUGAAUUGAUUAGUGUAGCACCAGCCAGCAUUUUUCAGAUUCAAGUUCAAAGUACUCUUAUGUGCACCCCUGUCAGUGUGUGAUAUGUGAUAAAGCCCAAUUUCAAAGUCAACAUUCUAGUUGGGCAUUAUUUUUGCUGUGAUGACAAUAUAUGCCUGCUUUGAGCGUAGUAUUGGGUACUCGGUAAGAGAAGAAAAAUUGGAGUGGCAAGUAUUCACAGUAAACUUGACGACAAUAUGGAGAGUGAAUCAUCAAAUUUUUCACUGCACCUUGUUCUCUGAUGUGCUAUGCAUGAAUGUGCCUAUUACACGAGUUGCUGUGCAGAAUCUACAAAUGUGCAAUAAAAAAAAAAGUAACAGGCUUUUCUUUGUAGUGUGGUAUUUUUUUGCCCGAGUUUAGUACCAAGCAAAACUGGCAGCACUGUAGUGUCGCCGAGUGGAUGCACAAACUUGCAAUUUGUGCAGAAAUGGCUGCUAUGAUAUGCACCGAAGGAACAUGUAUACUUAUCCCUGUAUACUUAUCAAUUUUUUUUUUCUAUAGCUCUCUGUUUAAUUCUGGACUAUUGAUGCUGAUAUUUUACAUCAAGGCUGCUUACUGUAGGCCAUAUCACUGGGUAAAAAUUGAAGCAUCAGCACUUGUGAGGCUCUCUGGUGAAUAUUUAAACCACUGUCAUCUGCCCACUUUGGCAUUGGCAAAGUGUGCUCUGCAAGAUGUCUUCUUGUUUGUGCAGCACUUGCAGAAGGCCAAGAACAAGCCAUUAAAAGAACACAGGUUUUGUGCUCUGCUGUGUAUUUUUUUUUAACGUCUUUAUUUCUGCAUUUAAUAGGCGAAACCUUGCAGCAGAAAACGGGUGCUCUAUGGGUAUUGUACAGCGGAACACAUGUCUUGUGCACUGCACGUAACUAUUCUGGAGCACUGCACAAACUACAACAUGAAUGCCUAGCAGCUUGAUCACAAUUCUGUCUGCUUGACAGGUGGACUGAUGGUGCUAUGCUAUUUGCCUCUCUGCUGAGCAUGAUGCGAUGGAUUUGAUUCCUAUCACUACCAGUAUCCCAAGUGCGUAAGGAAAAGAUGUUUGGUGUUUUUACGAUUGUGUGCAGUACACAGACAAAGAAGCUCUGAUUUUAUUUAUGCCGAUUGCUUCACGACAUCUCCAUGCUUGAUUUCGUGCACGUUAUCCAAAGCAGGUGCUUGUGGUUCCCUUUAUCUCAAUUCACUGGUGCCACAAAUUAAAAUGUACAUUCGUGCCAGUUCCCCUGGGUACUUUUUUAAGGUUUGUAAUUUUGGGUUCGUUCGACAAUUUUCCAGAUUUUACAGCAAUUUUUAACAAAAAAGUAAAUGUACUGUUCACCAGAAUGUUUAAAGGUGCCGAAAGGUUGGGCGGAUCAGGGUCACAAAAAAAAAUGCUUCCAAAAAGGAAAUUGCCAUGGCAUCUGCACUGCCCUCUUGUGAUGGCA